CUUCCUGAACGGGGAAAAAAAAAAAAAAAGAUACUGAAGAAAAUUCAGCUUUUUGCUCUGAGUGUACACAGCUUUGUACAGUGUCAGUGAGGCAAGGAGGAGAGAGAACACCGAGCGAGAGGAGGGAGGAAAAAAAAACAUAGAAAGAGACUUGGUUGAUGCAUCUUUCCGAGAGCAACCAUUUCACGGCGAUUACAGUUAGAAGCGAAGAAGACGGCGCGCAUCUCUCUCACGAAUACCGUGCUUUGCUCUGAUCCGAAGUCACUUUCCACUCUUUUUUCCGCCUCUCGACACGAACACUAGCUAUUUCACAACAAGCCCGUUUACUUGGAGCAAAAAUAAUAAUAAUAAGAAGAAUAAAAGCAGGUCGUCCGCAGUUCCAGUAGGCGAUACUGCAUCUUGUUUGUGGAGUGGAAUUUUUUUUUUUUUUUUGCGAUCCGCAGCUCAACACGCAAAAGGAAUAUCUGACGGUUCAAGUUUUCCUGGAAGUUGCGCAGUCACUGAAAAACAUGGGAAUUUGUGGCUAUUUGGCGGUGCCUGGGAAAUGCCUUGUCGUCCUUGGACUUAAAUUGUUAUUCCUUGUACCUGCAGGAGUUCCAGACAGAAGCGGGGAUUCUGUAUUAAAGGACAACAUCACCGUCAGACAGGGGGACGGCGCCGUCUUAAAAUGCAAUGUGGACAGCAAAGUCUCACGAGUGGCGUGGCUCAAUCGCACCACCAUUCUUUUUGCAGGAAACGAGAAGUGGUCUCUGGACCCUCGUGUCGUCCUGAUGGAAAACACAGCAGUCACAGAGUACAGCAUCAAGAUCCAAGACGUUGACGUCUAUGACGAAGGGCCCUAUGUCUGCUCAAUCCUCACAAACAAGAAGCCAAAGUCCACAAAAGUGCAUCUCAUUGUUCAAGUACCCGCCAGGAUCACUAAUAUAUCGAAGGACAUCACAGUGAAUGAGGGCAGCAACGUCAAUCUUAUGUGCCUGGCGGUCGGUCGACCUGAGGCCAACAUCAUAUGGAAGCAUCGUUCACCACGAGGCACUCAUAAGUUUGUGACAGAGGGGGAACAUGUAGAAUUGACAGCCAUCACCAAAGAGCAGUCGGGAUCGUAUGAAUGCAUUGCUUCUAAUGACAUCUCAAGCCCCGAUGUCAGGACAGUGCAAGUCACCGUCAAUUAUCCUCCCUUCAUUUCCAAAGCUAGGAGUACAGGUACUCCAGUUGGACAAAAAGGAAUCUUGCAAUGUGAAGCCUCUGCUGUCCCAAGGGCCGAUUUUGAGUGGUACAAAGAAGACCGCAGGCUCUUCAACGGAUUAAAUGGGGUUAAGAUCGAAAACCGAGGUAAACAGUCGAUGCUCGUCUUUUUCAAUGUCUCUGAAGAGGACUACGGAAACUACACUUGUGUUGCCAUGAAUACUAUGGGAAUCACUAAUGCAAGCAUAAUCCUUUAUGGUCCUGGUGCAAUGCAUGAUGUGAAUGGGGCAGCCAUGUCGCCCCAUUGCUCUGUAUGCCUCAUGCUGACUGUAACCUUAAUCUACCUGCUGAAGUUCUGAUGUGAAUUGUGACAACCCUCAAGCUUCUCUCAGCACUGAACAGCAAGAGCAGACUAUUAGUUCUAUAAGAAGAAUGGAACCUAAACCCAAGACCGUCAAUGGUUCACCCAUAGUUUUUUUUUUCCCCCUGUUUUUUUUCUGGCUUUGCAUUGAAGUCUGUUCUCUGUGUGCCAAGAGGCAUUCACCCAAGGAAGGGAAAAAUUGAAAUCAUGCACUAAUUUGAUGAUGAUAAAAUUACUGUUUGUGUCUCCCCAUACCUUUUUGUAUGUGAAAAGGGAAAAAGAAAAAAUACAUGUACUUGUUGAUAGUUGACUGUUUAUUGCCCAAUAUUGCAGUGUACAUUCAGAUUAUUAUUAUUGUGUGACGUCCUGUUCAAUAUCUGUAUAAUACCAUUAAGCUUUUUUAAGGAAAUGACAAAAAAUGGAAAAAAUGCAACGUGAUUGUUGAAUUUUACUGUAUUUUUACAGUUGUAUGCAAAACAGAGUAACAGGUCCUACAUGAUUAACAGUUCAGAAUAAUAAAUAAUACACCAUAAUUUCUCAGGCAAUGUCCUACAACAUAAAGCAUCCAAAUUUUUAUUUCCAUCGUAGUGUGUAGAAAAUGUACAAAUGUGUACAGACAAUUACUGCACUGUUUUUCAAAAUGCAUACAUUUAUCAAACAGCAUUUUUGAAACACCUAAUCGCAGUCUCAUAGCAGCUUCACGGCAUAUUCAUACUGCACUGAAAAUGUGAAAUGGGAUUGUAUUUAAAGUGUCAUUUAGGACAAAGGUGCGGGUCAGUAUGUAGCUUUGUUCUCUCCAGUGACAAAAUGAAUCAAAUGUGCAGAGUCAAAACUCAUUUAGCAGUAUUGUUCAAGCAGCAGGUUAGCAGGUGGUCUCAUUAGCAACAUGGCACUGAAGAAACUUCUCACUAAGUGCUGCUGUUAAUUAGGAGAAUAAAAUUUAAUUUGUAAAACAUCAUUUUCCAUGAGGUCUUGAUGAUUUUUUUUUUUGGCUUUGAAAGUCGUGUUUUAAUUUUAAAUCUCUUAUGAUUGACUCUGAAGGCAAAUCAGAGAAUUUGCAAAAAUACGAACACAUUUAACA